AUGAAGUUUACAGCCCCUCCGCCAAUAAGGCAACCAUUGGAACAGAGAGACAAGACCAAGCACUGCGCCUACCACAGAGAUUAUGGGCAUACAACUAAUGAUUGUAGAUCCCUUAGGCGGCAGAUGGAAAACAUGAUACUGAGAGGUGAAUUGGUAGAUUACCUCACAACAAAGGAGUACAUGAAGCCUUGGGAGGUUAACCCUUGGAAAGUCAAAGGUAAUCAAAUGAAGGUCAUUCAUGCAAUAUAUGAAAGAUCGGAGGAUGAUCAGGAGUCAGAGGAGGUUUAUAGGUCCCGACUAAGAACAACCCAUAAACUGAUGAGGCUAUCCUUGGUAAACACUAUUGCUUCGGAAAGCAUCAACAUUGGGUUCGGCGAUGAAGAUCUAUCUAGAGUUCAACUCCCCUACGAGGAUCAGUUGGUCAUCAGUCUCUUGGUGGCGAAUUGCAUAAUUAAGAGGGUUUUGAUAGACCCAGGGAGCAGUGCCAACAUCAUCACAAAGGCGGUCUUUGAGCAACUAGAGAUUCCGUCAUCAUCAAUUCGGCCCACCUCCAGCCCAUUGAUGGGGUUCGAUGGCACAAAGGUGGACCCCCUUGGGGUAAUUGACUUAUCUGUAACUGCGGCAAAGAGGACACUGAAGGAAAACUUUGUCUUAACAGAGAUCCACCCUUCCUAUAAUAUUAUUAUGGGGAGAGGUUGGAUCCACCGAAUGAACGGGGUUCCGUCUACCCUUCACCAGGUGAUGCGAUGCUUGUCUCCGGAUGGGAGAGAGGUUAUUGACCUCAGGGGAGAUUAA